UCUACCUGCAAACAACCCAAGGUUGAUGAUAACAAAGUCUAUCGAACAUCGCAACUAACAAGAUGGCGUCCGGACGAGUGCUGCUAGCGUCGUUGCUCCUGUUGGCGGGUGCGCAAAUGUUAGCGUUCGGUCAAAACAACAACUUCUCCGCCGAAAAAGUCGGCUGGAUCCGGUUCCUUGUUACCGUCAACGAUACCUGGGACCCAGACGGAUGCAUUGCCACCGUAGCAACGGACCAACUUCUCCCGAACAAGAAAUACAACCAAUCAGAGAAGAUCAUGGUCGGGUCAUGUGACCAUGGACCACUGGUGUACACUGUCUCAAACGCAGUUGGGUCCGCGAGGGAGUCAGCCAAGAUGUACGUGGACUUGACGUUCUACUCGUCCGUGAUCGAGGACGCCUCCCCGCCGACCUGCCACAUCCCGUGGAACGGGACGUACGUGUCCCCCCGCCCCAACACCGACCCCCGGGACGACUCCCCACUCCCGGGCUGCUUCACCAUGGAAUCACGGGAAGGCUAUCACAUGACCGCCUACUGGUUCUACCUGCUGGAUUGGGGAUGGGCGUAGCGGCUUUUAGAAAUGUAUUAGCCUAUACCAGGCUACUUUGGUGGCUGAGGAAAUUAGAUAUAACCAGUUACCAUGGUGACAGACGUCCGGUUCAGGUCAUUGACCUUACUUGUUUGGAGAAGAAAGUGAAGAAGAAACAGAGGAAAAACAACAUAUUUUCCUGCUGCAAAAACAUAAAAAUUGUAAAAUGUGUUAAGGCACUCGUACUGGAGUUAGCCAAUGAAAUGGGGGUAGCCGAUGUUCCACUAUUUCGUCCGGCACCAAAGGAGUUUGGUUUAUGCUUUGCCAGAAAGAAAAAAAAAAGAGAAAAUUCAGCUGAAUUUUGAUACUGGCAUACUGG